AUGACACCAGGUGGAAAUAAUUAUGUCAGCAACGUCUGGAGAGAAAACAUCUUUGAUGGGACGGUUGUGUUUUGUACUGGUGGGGGUGGAGACAUCUGCAGCGCGCAGGUUAAGGCGCUCGUAUAUCUCGGUGCGAAUGCCUGCAUUAUUGGGCGGAAUAUCGAGAAAACAGAGAAAGUAGCCAGAGAUAUUGCAAUGGUGCGGCCUGGAGCGAAGGUUCUUGGGUACGGCUCAGUCGACGUGAGAAAUCCACGGCUUUUACGGGAAGCUGUUCAAAAGUGUGCGAGUGAGCUUGGAGGGAUCGAUUUUGUAAUUGCUGGAGCUGCAGGGAACUUCCUAGCACCUAUAACUCAGCUUUCGGAAAACGCAUUCAAGACGGUCGUUGAAAUAGACCUCGUGGGUGCGUUCAACACGUUAAAGGCAACGCUUCCCUUUCUACUCCAGUCUGCUUCCCGUGCCAAAAGCGAGAAGUCUGCCAGGUCUGGUGGACGCAUCAUCUUCCUCAGUGCAGCGACAUACUACACCGGUGUACCGCUCCAAGCCCACGCACUGGCAGCAAAAGCGGGUAUCGAUGUACUAGCGGCUAAUACGGCCAUUGAGCUUGGGCCACGAGGCGUGACGGCAAAUGUGAUUGCACCAGGGCCUAUUGCGAACACUGAAGGCAUGCGAAGGUUGACGAAACCCGGAAACGAGAAGUCUGUUGCUAGGAUUCCUUUAGGAAGAUUGGGUAAUGUCAGGGAGAUUGCGGAUGCCACCGUCUAUCUGUUUUCCGAUGCUGGGAACUAUGUCAAUGGCGAGAUCCUCGUAGUGGACGGAGGCGCUUGGCGCACGCAUGGUGGAGACUCAAGCUACGAUUUCGAGUAUCCUAAUUUUCUCUUAUCAGAUGAUAAUUUCGGUCGAUUGAGAACGACAAAGAUGUAA